CCUAAACUUGAUGCCUUCUUUACUCGCAGGCAGAUCCAUUCUAUAAAAGCCAACCAACCCUUUGUCUCUUCAACUAUUUCUCUUUCUCUUCCUCUUGAGUGUUGUGAUAAAAGAGAACACACGAAAAAAACAUGGGGCUUCUUCCAUGUCCAUUGCCUUGCCACACAGACUCAGAGUCACAAUCUCAAUCAGAUUCAUUAAGCUCUUCUACACUUUCUUCCCAACCAAGUCUUCCCUCUGUUCCUUCUCUCACCUCACCAUCUCACCAACAACAUGACCAAUCAUUACCUAAUCCAAACACAGCCCAACACCUCUGCAUAGCCACUAUCAAAGGCCACUCCUCCUACGUGUCCUCUCUAACUCUCGCUGGCAAAUUCCUCUACAGUGGAACUUCCAACAGCGAAAUAAGCCAAUUUAGCCGAGACCCUUUUGGCCUCGAAAGCAAUAAUUCAAUGGACAACGUUGUUGCUCUAAGCAACGGUGCGGUUAAGUCCCUUGUAGUAGAUUUGGAGCAAGAUAAGCUAUUCAGUGCUCAUCAAGACAACAAAAUCCGUGUGUGGAAGAUCAAUAACAACAAUAAUGAUUACAAUACCCCAAACCAAAAGUACAAGUGCAUAGCCACUCUUCCAACGUUGAAUGAUCGUUUUUCAAGGUUUUUCUCUGCCAAGAACUACGUAAAAGUACGUAGACACAAGAAGUGUACGUGGGUACAUCAUGUUGAUGCCAUUUCAGCACUUGCUAUAUCCAAAGAUGGGUCUUUUUUAUACUCAGCUUCGUGGGAUAGGUCGUUCAAGAUUUGGCGAACCAAUGAUUUUAAGUGCUUAGAGUCUGUUGGGAAUGCACACGAUGAUGCAAUCAAUGCUUUAGUAUUGUCCAAAGAUGGUUUUGUUUACACUGGUUCAGCUGAUAAGAAAAUCAAGGUGUGGAAGAAAAAGCAAGCUGGGGACAAUUACAAAGAUCAUUCACAUUCACUAGUGGCUACAUUAGAGAAGCACAAGUCAGCUGUGAAUGCAUUGGCUCUAACCAGUGAUGGGUCUGUGUUAUAUUCAGGAGCUUGUGAUCGUUCAAUUCUUGUCUGGGAGAAAGAUAGUGAAGCUAUAGAUGGUAAUUUUGGUCAAAUGGUGUUAGUGGGUGCUCUUAGAGGUCACACCAAAGCUAUAUUGUGCUUGGCUGUGGUGUCGGAUUUGGUGUGCAGUGGCUCAGCUGAUAACACUGUUAGGAUCUGGAGGAGAGGAAUCGAGAAGAGCUAUUCUUGUUUGGGUGUGUUGGAAGGACAUAGACGCCCAGUUAAGUCCUUAGCAGUGGCUCUUGAUGGUAAUAAUAAUGGUGGUAAAAGUGGUUCUUCUGAUUGUGGUACUUCUUACCUGGUCUACAGUGGUAGUUUGGAUUGUGAUAUUAAAGUCUGGCAAAUAUGGGUUCCCUCUCUUUGACCCAUAAUUUUUUUAUUUUUUUAUAAAAGUAAAAUUAUUUUUAGUGUUUUUGUUAAUACAAUUUUGUACAUAAGGCUACAAGGGUGAGAAGGUUUUUGCUUUACUUUUGCAUCUUGUAUAAGAGAUUGAGAAUUGU